AUGCCGGGGGGCAAGCGAGGGCUGGUGGCACCGCAGAACACGUUCCUGGAGAACAUCGUCCGGCGCUCGAGCGAAUCAAGUUUUUUACUGGGCAAUGCUCAAAUUGUGGACUGGCCCGUAGUUUAUAGUAAUGACGGAUUUUGUAAACUUUCUGGAUACCACCGAGCUGACGUCAUGCAGAAAAGCAGUACCUGCAGUUUUAUGUAUGGUGAACUCACAGACAAGAAAACCAUUGAAAAAGUCAAGCAGACAUUUGAUAACUAUGAGUCAAACUGCUUUGAAGUUCUCUUGUACAAGAAAAACAGAACACCUGUUUGGUUUUACAUGCAAAUCGCACCAAUAAGAAAUGAGCAUGACAAAGUGGUUUUAUUCUUGUGCACUUUUAAAGAUAUCACGUUAUUCAAGCAACCUAUUGAAGAUGAAGCGACCAAAGGCUGGACCAAGUUUGCUCGGUUGACACGAGCUCUGACGAACAGCCGGAGUGUUCUGCAGCAACUCACUCCUAUGAACAAAGCCGAGGUGGUCCAUAAACACUCUCGGUUGGCUGAAGUCCUCCAGCUCGGUUCUGACAUUCUUCCGCAAUACAAGCAAGAGGCUCCAAAGACGCCGCCACAUAUAAUUUUACAUUACUGCGCUUUCAAAACCACCUGGGACUGGGUCAUCUUAAUCCUCACUUUCUACACAGCCAUAAUGGUUCCUUACAAUGUCUCCUUCAAGACAAAGCAGAACAACAUCGCCUGGUUGGUCCUGGACAGCGUGGUAGAUGUGAUCUUCCUGGUGGACAUAGUGUUGAAUUUUCACACCACCUUUGUGGGACCUGGUGGAGAGGUCAUCUCUGACCCCAAACUCAUCAGGAUGAACUACCUGAAGACCUGGUUCGUGAUAGACCUCUUAUCAUGUUUACCUUAUGACAUCAUCAAUGCCUUUGAGAACGUGGAUGAGGGGAUCAGCAGUCUCUUCAGUUCCUUAAAAGUGGUGCGCCUCCUGCGAUUGGGCCGUGUCGCCAGGAAGUUGGACCAUUACCUGGAAUAUGGAGCCGCAGUGCUGGUGCUCCUGGUGUGUGUCUUUGGACUAGUAGCCCAUUGGCUUGCUUGCAUAUGGUACAGCAUCGGAGACUAUGAGGUCAUUGAUGAAAUCACAAAUACCCUCAAGAAGGACAGCUGGCUUUGCCAGUUGGCGGAGAGUAUUGGGACUCCGUACAGGUACAACACGACUGGAUCAGGGCAGUGGGAAGGAGGACCCAGUAAAGACUCGCUUUAUAUAACUUCUCUCUACUUUACCAUGACAAGCCUUACGACGAUAGGAUUUGGAAACAUUGCUCCAACCACCGACGGAGAGAAGAUCUUUUCAGUGGCCAUGAUGAUGGUUGGCUCUCUUCUUUAUGCAACUAUUUUUGGAAACGUCACCACGAUUUUCCAGCAAAUGUAUGCCAACACCAACCGUUACCAUGAGAUGUUGAACAAUGUCAGAGACUUCUUAAAGUUGUACCAAGUCCCUAAAGGCCUUAGUGAACGUGUCAUGGAUUAUAUCGUCUCCACAUGGUCGAUGUCGAAAGGGAUCGAUACGGAGAAGGUCCUCUCGAUUUGUCCCAAGGACAUGAGAGCAGACAUCUGCGUGCAUCUCAACCGGAAGGUUUUUAACGAGCACCCAGCCUUCCGGCUAGCCAGCGACGGCUGCCUGCGAGCCCUGGCGGUGGAGUUUCAGACCAUCCAUUGUGCUCCUGGAGACCUCAUCUACCACGCCGGCGAGAGCGUCGAUGCGCUCUGCUUUGUCGUCUCCGGAUCCCUCGAAGUCAUACAGGACGAUGAAGUGGUGGCCAUUUUGGGUAAAGGCGAUGUGUUUGGUGAUAUUUUCUGGAAGGAGACCACGCUGGCCCACGCAUGCGCCAACGUACGGGCACUGACCUACUGCGAUCUGCACAUUAUCAAGCGGGAGGCCUUGCUGAAAGUUCUGGACUUUUACACUGCUUUUGCAAAUUCCUUCUCAAGGAACCUCACACUAACCUGCAACCUGAGGAAAAGGAUCAUUUUCCGAAAAAUCAGCGAUGUCAAAAAGGAAGAGGAAGAGCGUUUGCGGCAGAAGAACGAAGUGACUCUGAGCAUUCCCGUGGACCACCCUGUCCGAAAGCUCUUCCAGAAAUUCAAACAGCAGAAGGAGAUGCGGAACCAAGGCGCCACCGUCAUCGACCCGGAAAGGAACACCCUCCAGGUGGAGAGCCGGACCUUGCAGAACGGGGCCGCCAUCACCGGCACCAGUGUGGUCACCGUGUCUCAGAUCACUCCCAUCCAGACCUCACUGUCCUACGUGAAGACCAACGAGGCCGUCAAGCAGAACAACAGGGACGCCAUGGAACUCAAGCCAAACGACAAGAGCGACCCGAAAUGCCUCAAGGUGACCAGCCCCGUGAGGAUGAAAAACGGGAAUGGGAAGGGCUGGCUGCGGCUGAAGAACAACAUGGCGGGCCAAGAAGAGAAAAAAGAAGACUGGAAUAACGUCACGAAGGCAGAGUCCAUGGGUUUGCUUUCCGAGGAUCCCAAGGGGGUCGAUUCCGAGAAUGGGGGAACGAAAAAUCCGUUGAGGAAAACAGACUCUUGCGACAGUGGGAUCACUAAAAGUGACCUUCGCUUGGACAAAGCCGGUGAGAACCGCAGUCCUCUGGAACACAGUCCCAGUCAAGCAGAUGCAAAACACCCCUUUUUCCCCAUCCCUGAACAGGCCUUACAAACCAGCCUCCAGGAGGUCAAACACGAACUUAAAGAAGACAUCCAACUGCUAAGCAACCGAAUGGCUGUCCUGGAGAAGCAAGUGGCAGAAAUUUUAAAAAUACUGUCUGAAAAGAACACGUUGCAGACACCUUCUCCAAAAACCCAAUUACCUCCUCAGCUACCGUCCCAAAUACCUUGUCAGGAUAUUUUUAGUGUUUCAAGGCCAGUGUCCCCUGAAUCAGAAAAAGAUGAAAUCCACUUUUAAUAGAUGCCUAUUUUUUUCUUUGUAUACUGAGUGUAUACUUUGAAACGGGCGUACACACACACACACACUCACACAGAGACAUGUCCCUGUGUUUCUAUGUCUGUGUGUCUGUGUAUAUAAUAUAUACAGUAAAUUAUAUAUAUAUAUAAAACAUAUAUAUUUUCACUUGCAUUCAAUAUGACUUGAACA